UUUUUCUUCCCAUGAUCCCACAGUCUGUAGUUUACAGAUUAGCAGGCUAGCCACACAAACAGAAAGGAAAGAAAAGGAUUCCCAAUUCAACAAGAUCUCUUCCCUGCAGCGGUGAGAUGACUUCCUCAGCCCUAGGCCAGUCUGCCCCUCUGGUCUCAACCCUGGAGUCUGGGAUAGGGAGGUCUGCCGCCAUGCUGGGGAUGUCCGCUGGGCUGGGGGGAGCAGAGAUGGAGCUGCAGAAGUUGCUAAUCGAUGAGAGGAUGAAGUGUGAAAACCACCGGACAAAUUACCAGACGCUGAAGGCUGAACACUCCAGUUUGCAGGAAGAGUUCACCCGGGCCCAGGGGGAACUGAAGCGCCUCCUGAGUGACAAGCAGGCUCAGCAGGAGAAGCUGCAGCUGCUGUUGGCUGAGCUCCGAGGAGAACUACUGGACAAAACCAGAGAGCUGGAGGAGCUUCGAAUGCAGGUGAUGACCCCUCAGCGGCUGGAGCUGCUCAGAGCUCAGGUGCAGCAGGAGAUGGAGGCUCCAGUCAGAGAGAGGUUCAGCAAACUGGAGGAGGAAGCAGAGAAGUACAGGUCUGAGUACAACAAGCUGCGGUAUGAGUUCACCUUUCUGAAGUCGCAGUUUGAGCACCAGAGAGAGGAACACGCUCGUGUGCUGGACGAGAGGAAGAUGCGCUACGACACAGAGAUCUCCCGUCUGGAGAAGGACCGGGAGGACAUGGUGGCUCAGUAUCAGAGCUCGGACCCGAUGCGUGAUGGGAAACGGGUGGAGGCUCUGCUGAGGGAGAAGGCCCAGCUUCAUCUGCGGCUGAAGAGCCUGGAGGCAGAGGUGGCCGAGCUCCACGCCCAGAGAGAAAACUCAGGCCAGCAAGCAGAGAGUGUCCAACGCAUCCAGAUCAGACAGCUGAAGGAGACUCAGGCGGAGGUGAAGUCUCUGGAGGCGGAGCGCCAGUCGUUGCGUCUGCAGCUGGAGCGGAUGGAGAGUGAGUACAAUCUUAGCAACGAGCAGAACAGCAAGCUAACAAGCCGCCUGCACAAAGCGGAGCGAGAGGUCAACUCCCUCAACUGCCAGGUUGAAAGUCUGAAGCAUUCACAUAAACUGGAGGUGGCCAACAUCAAACUUGAGUGUACCCGCUCCAAAGGGGAGUUGGAGAGAGAGAGAGACACACUGCAUGGACAGGUUGAUGGUCUACAAAUGGACGUGGAAGUGUUGAAUUCUGCGGUGGAGCGACACAAGGAAGCCCUGGUGGAGAAAGAGAGGGAGAUCGUGCGAAAGGUGCAGGCCGCCCGCGAGGAGGAGUUCAGCAAAAUUGCAAACUUGCACGAGGAAAAGUUGGAGUUGGAGAACCGUCUUGCUACUCUUGACCAGCAGAGGGCGCUGCAGGAUGCUACAGGCAAUGCCCAGAAAGAGGAAUGGGACGAGCGUCUUCGUAGAACCCAACAAGGAGAGGAGCUGGCUCGAAGGGAACUUCAAAACCUCCGAAACAAACUACAGCAGCAAAGCUCCCAGCUUGAGGAGCUGGAGAGACAGAAAGCACACGUUUCUGACCUGCAUCAUCAAAACCAGGAACUGGGAGUCCAGCUGGGGACUCUGUCUCACUCUGAAAGUGACCUUAAAGAGGCAAACCAGAGACUAAAAGAAACCCUGGACAGAGUGAGGGAGGAGCUGAGGACGACCCGAGGACAGGCCGAGAGGAGCCAACACGAGGCAGAGAGGAUGGUGGAGGACCGUCGGGUGGAGUGGCUGGAGGAGAAACACAAGCUGCAGGAGCGAGAGGCCGAGCUGCAGCAGAAAUACUCGCAGGCCAAAGAGAAGAUGCAGAGGGCGGCAGUGGCCCAGAAGAAGAGGAAAGAGCUGACAGAGAACAAAGAGAAGAGGCUGAAGGAUAAGAUCCAGCUACUGGAGGCCAAGAUAGAAGAGCUGGAGCUGGAAUCUGCUGCAGCAAAGAAACGUUCAUGUUUCUCAGAGGAGCAGGCUCAACUCAGCAGGCGGUUAAAGGAGAUGCAGAGACGUCACAACGAGUUUCGACGCCUCCUGUUGGGCGGCCAGGGUCCCUACAAUGUAGGCGCCACCUUCCGGACCUCCUCACCCACUCCCUUCCUGCUCCUUGGGUCUGAGGGGCCGCUGUCAAACAUACCCGAGGAGCAGCAUCAGAAGGAGCUGUCCCUGCUCCGUCGGAGGCUGGAGGACCUGGAGAGCGCACAGCAGCAGCAGCUGGAGGAGCUGGGAUCUUUCGUGCAAAGGGACCGGGAGGCCACACCGCAGCCUGACCUUUGACCUCUACAAUACUACCGUCACACAUAGGAUAAACAAUUUAGAGACAGCGUGGGGCCCGUUUUCAGAAAGAAGGUUCAACAAACUCUCAGUCUGACACGCCAACGCCACUACAAGAGCAACUGUGCUUCAAAAAUGGAAGAUGAACUGUGAUUUUGUCAGCCAGUUUCUAAUGUUGACACAAAGUGCUAAUAUGAAAUGCAGCAGCACCUUUUAAAGCUUGACCUUUGACCUCCUCAGGUUUGUAUGGAGAUGUUUGUUGUUUACAGUUCCUGCUCUGCAAACACUCAUGUCAUAAAUGUUUUAUUAUACAGUUGAGUUUAUACAAACUGCACAAUGUUGAUACAGACUUUUGCUGUACUUUAAAUGCAUUUUAAAAUAUGUACAGAUACA